AGCUCCUCUUGAACAGCACACGAAUUUAAAAAUGCUUCCUUCCAGAUGUCUCCAUCGCCAAUGUUAAACUUUCUCGCGCGCAUUUCGGUGUGAUCCUCAAAUUUUAGGAAGCAAAGGAAGCAGAUGACGAGUGCGAUGACGUCGCUUAAUGGAAUGAACAUUGUUUGCAGAGGAGGAACUGCAACCUCCCGAACGGUUCUCAUUACUGGCGUCAGUAAGGGCCUCGGAAGGGCUCUUGCCCUAGAAUUGGCCAAACGAGGCCACACUAUAAUCGGGUGUUCACGUGUUCAGGAUAAGCUAAAGGCACUUGAAUCGGAACUUUCUUCUUGUUCUUCUUCUGCUGCCGCCCCAGCUGCUUCCAAUUCUUCGUCAUCCGAAAAGCACUUGCUGCUCAAAGCUGACGUGAGAUCGGACAGCAGCGUUGAGGAGCUGGCUCGUACUGUGAUGGAGAAAAAGGGUGUUCCUGAUAUUAUUGUAAAUAAUGCAGGAACCAUUAAUAGAAACAACAAAAUUUGGGAAGUUCCUGUUGAAGAGUUUGAUAAUGUCAUUGAUACAAACCUCAAAGGAGCUGCUAAUAUAUUACGUCAUUUCAUCCCUCUUAUGGUCACAAAGAAGCAAGGAAUCAUUGUCAAUAUGUCAUCUGGAUGGGGAAGGGCUGGUGCUGCACUGGUUGCACCUUACUGUGCAUCAAAAUGGGCUAUAGAAGGAUUGACUAGGUCUGUGGCAAAGGAGUUGCCUGAAGGAUUGGCAGUUGUUGCCCUAAAUCCAGGUGUAAUAAACACUGAGAUGCUUGCAUCAUGCUUUGGCAAUUCAGCUGCCCUAUAUCAAGCGCCUGAAGCAUGGGCCCCAAAGGGAGCAAGCAUGAUACUCAAUCUCACUGCAGCAGACAAUGGUGCAUCUCUCACUGUUUAAGCUAAGAGAAGGGUCAAGCAUUCCCCUAUCUAUAAGCUCCAUUUUCUUGGGGGCUAGAGAAUGUAAUAGAUCAAUCUUGUUUACUAAGUACACGUAAGUUGGUAAAUUGGUUAGUUUGAAGAUGAAUAUAGGCUUUUUCAUCCUGAUUCAUUGCUUUAUACUACUUAAUUUCAUGGGAUGGUGCUGAUGAUUUUGGUCUGUAUUCUUAUAUGGUCCGUUAGACUGACUGUAGUGUAUACUUAAAGCAAAUUGUCUAGAUUGAUUGUAGUGAACAGUAGGCAUGCAUUAAUGGCGACAAGAAUUUACAAUCAAGUCAAAGUGCAUCUUGCUUGCACGAUGAUGAUCAUGAUAAUUAUUUUUAUCAUUAUGAUUAUUAUAUUUGAUAA